AUGCCGGCCCUCAGCAAGAUGGCCCCUGCGGGGAUGACGAUGGCCCGCUACGGACCGCUGGGACUUUUGCAGCCGAAAAGCCAAGUGCUGCCGCUGCUCCGCUUCUCCCACGCCCAUCUCUUCCGGAAGAGGCCCGCCCAGCUGAUUGUUAACAGGAUUAAGGACGUCGUUCAUUUCUACCUCGUUGGAAUUGGAUUGUUCCCCGUGUUCGCCUUCCUCACCUACAACCAUAUUUAUCACGGAACCUGCGAGCUCAAGGACUACCCGACUGAGGGUCCCCCACCGGCGUACUGGCAGUUCGAGCGCACCCCAGCGAGGCAGUGGUGGGCCAAGCACUUUGGGCUCUCGGAUAUGGAGCAUCACGAACGAAACAUGGCCUAUCACGAGAAAAUCGGAAUCAUCGGCCGCUGGAGGCAGCUCGAGCAGCGAGUAAAGCAUCUUGAAGGCCAGCGAUGGGAUUACAAGGCCUGGCACUAUCAACCUGUUUCCUCGACUUGGAUUGACCUCGGCCGGUAUAAUGCCCUUCAACUGCGCGACCGGUACGAGGCUCACGGCCACUACACCUAC